GAAGAAUGGUUGACAUCGUAUCAGUUACGUGAUAAUUAACAAACAAAGUUAAAGUACACAUUUUAAGCAUUCAUGCACUGGAAAAAGUCUUUGAACUUUAAUUAAAAAGUCUUUUUAAUUAGAAUUUUGAUAAAUUCAAUCAGAAAAAUAGAAAUCCAGAAUAUCCAGAUACUUAUAGUGUCUAAAUCUACCAAACAUUCUUGUCGAGAUAACCAGAAACUCUAUUAUAAUAAUCAGAAUUCUCAUUGAUAUAAGAAUUUGUUUUGUUGAUACAAUCUGAACAUUUUUCUCAGGGUAGUUCAUCUUUAAGACCAAUCUAGUCUCUUGUUAAUUUUGUGUUAGAAAUCAUUUAUUAGCCGAACAACCAUUAAAAUGGAGAAAAAUGAAGAUGAUAACAAAGAGAGUUACAACAACAGUGAAAAGGAGGAAGACGAUCUUCCUUUUGGUAGCAAAGAGAAGACUAUGACGGUAUUGAAUGAUCUCUUUAAACAUGGACAGAAUCUUUCUUUUAAUAGCAUUCUGGGCACGUCUAUGGACGAACGCCAAUCUAAACUGGAUUCAGCGCUCGAAUUGACACAGACUUUCCUCAAGAACAAGCCUUCGAUAAUUGGUUGGUUACGCAGUAAUUUGUUCGAGGAAUCCGAAUGUAAUAUACCUAUGGCAUUGUUGUUCAUUGCAUUAUACGAGCAGCAUUUAUUGCCCUAUCAGAAAAAAACAGAAUGCGACUUUAGUGAAAUAUACCAGUUUCUUUAUAAAAUGACGACGAAUCAGCCAGCACCACAGCUUUCACAUAAUUCCGCGAUUGUCUUACACAAACUAUUAUCAGAAAUAAUAGAGGAAGUAUGGCCAAACACACAGCCGGAUCUUCUGAGAUAUUUAAGUAAAAUACAUAUCUACAGUAGAUCGCCAAUCAGAAGAACAUAUUCGCGAAAAAACUUUUAUUUCAGGAAUGAUACUGGAUAGAAGAAAACAGCAGCUGUUCGUCUUAGAUCUAAUUAGGUACUGUUUAAAGCAAAGCUGGGAUUUAGUUGCACGUUUCAGCCGAUUUUCAGCGUGAUUCCUGCCCCUCAUUUCACCAACCCACGUACAGCCUAAAUGCAAAAAAAACGGCAUUCCCAGCUCUAGUUUAAAGUAUAUUUGUAGUAUUAAAAACAUAUUUAUACAGAAGAAACAAUAUAUUUCAUUUAAAAAAAAAAUAUUAGUCUUUACCAACCCUGUAUCUAAUAAAAUUACAUAAAUUGUAGAUUUAUAAUCUCGAAUUCUCCAAGUUUAAAAUUUUUUUUUGGAGUUUAAAUAUUAGAAAUCCUCGAAAGAAUUGUAAGACUUGGAAAUAGAUUACGAUUUUAUAUUGUACAGUUAU